AUGAGGUGUUUGAUGGCGGCAAUGGCGGUGGUGGUAGGGGUGGUGAUGGUCGUCAUGGCGUCGCCGGCGGAGGGCGCGAGGGCGUUCUUCGUGUUCGGCGACUCGCUGGUGGACAACGGCAACAACAACUACCUCCUGACGAGCGCGCGCGCCGACAUGCCGCCGUACGGCAUCGACCACCCGACGCACCGCGCCACCGGCCGCUUCUCCAACGGCCUCAACAUCCCGGACAUCAUCAGCGAGCACCUCGGCGCCGAGCCGACGCUCCCGUACCUCAGCCCCAGCCUCCGCGGCUCCAAGCUGCUCGUCGGCGCCAACUUCGCCUCCGCCGGCGUCGGCAUCCUCAACGACACCGGCAUCCAGUUCGUGAACAUCGUGAGGAUGAGCAGGCAGCUGCAGUUCUUCGGCGAGUACCAGGACAGGCUGCGGGCGCUCGUCGGCGCGGCGAGGGCGCGGCGGAUCGUGAACGGCGCGCUCGUGCUCAUCACCCUCGGCGGCAACGACUUCGUGAACAACUACUACCUCGUCCCCUUCUCCCUCCGCUCCCGCCAGUUCACCCUCCCCGACUACGUCCGCUACCUCAUCUCCGAGUACAAGAAAAUCCUCCAGAGGCUGUACGACAUGGGGGCGAGGAGGGUGCUGGUGACGGGGACGGGGCCGCUGGGCUGCGCGCCGGCGGAGCGCGCGCUGCGGAGCCGGGACGGCGGGUGCGCGCCGCAGCUGAUGCGCGCGUCGGAGCUGUUCAACCCGCAGCUGUCGCGGGCGCUGGCGGAGAUGAACGCCCGCGUGGGGCGGCCCGGCACGUUCAUCGCCGCCAACUCGUUCCGCGUCCACUUCGACUUCAUCAGCGACCCGGCGGCGUACGGGUUCGCGACGGCGAGGGACGCGUGCUGCGGCCAGGGCCCCAACAAUGGCCUCGGGCUGUGCACGGCGGCGUCCAACCUCUGCGCCGACCGCGAUGCCUACGUCUUCUGGGACGCCUACCACCCCACGGAGAAGGCCAACCGCAUCAUCGUCAGCCAGUUCAUGAGGGGCUCGCUCGACUACGUCUCGCCGCUCAACCUCAGCGCCGCGCUGGAGAUCGACGCCACGGCGGAGGCGGCGAGGCGCCGGCAGAGGGCGGUGGCUAGGCUCGUCGGCGACAAGCCGCACGUGUAACUGCGGUGUGUGAUGUGUGACGUGCUCCGCGCAUGCAUGCAUGCAUGCAUGUGGCGUUGUUCGGUUGGUGCCGACGCGCGAGGGAAUUAAUUGGAAGGCUAAUAAUUUAGAUUUUGCUAAUCACAAUAUAAUCUUGGAUCAUUUGGUAAUUAUAGUUUUACAAAGUCACUUGCAUUUGUUUCUCCAGUAUAGUCUUCACAUUAUCGGACAUUUUUAUAUGUUGGGCCGGUUUGGGUCUCUUUAGGCAUCAGGGAAAUAGUUUUUAGCAUACGUGUGGAUAAUUCGUGUGUUUGUAUGCUAUGUAAAU